AUGUCCAAACACGCCUCUUCAGCCUCAGGAGCCGGCGCUUCUCGCUCAACACUAGCACCACCUGCCGCCAACGGGGUUGGAUCGGGAAAUAGGAAAUCAGCCCUAGUGCCUACCAACUCCGUCACGACCCAGGAUGGUACCACCGUACGGGCGCGUAUCGACCCUACCCUAACGGUUGAGGAUGUCGUACGGCAGCUUUGCAUGAACCUCAAGUUUGCGGCGCAAUCAACCAAUUACGCUUUGCGAGACGAUAAUGGCGAGCUACUCACUAAUGAUAAUCUGAGGAGAAUGAUUAAGAACAAGUCUCAUCUGAGGCUUGUAAAUUCCGCCGCUGUUGAAGCAGCCGCAAUCAUUGAGAAAUUGUACGCCCGCGACGAUGAGGGUCAGAAUACGAAUUGGAAGUUCGCACUUUUCUCCCUUCAGAAAUUCCUAAGGGAAGAGCAAUUUGCCAAAGAGUUCCUCUACCGAGAUGGACUGAGAGUGUUGAUUGAUGUCAUCAACACUCAACACGGCAAUACUCUCGCAUACGCAUUGACUGCGAUGCAAAACCUCAUGGAACUGGACUACGGCUGGUCAGACCUAGAUAGUGCCUUCAUCCUCAAAAUUGUUCAGAUCCUGUCUUCCCCUCAAUCGCUCGUUAACGUCUGUCGACCGGCAACUGCUAUACUCAAGAAGUUGGUUGAAGCGGACCCUUCUGUCAUAGCUGGUCCUCAGGCAGCCAGCUCAAGCACGGGUGCUCCAGCGGCCCCACCCGACUCUGUGUAUUGUUAUGGAUUCCGCGUCGUCUAUGAACAAAUGUGUCGGGAAAAGGGGCUUCUGGAAACGGUUGUCGGUAGAUUGGGAAGCGCCGACACCGCUACGGCUCUCCACAGUAUGAUGCUCAUCAACUCGCUUCUGUCCAAUGUGAGCGAUGACCAAUGGGAUGAGUUUGUCUUUCAGCUAGAGCGCCUGAACGUGCGCAAGGCUGUCAUUCGUCUGAUGUCGUCGCAUACCGUUGACGAUCUCACGUCAUGUAUAUUGGACUUUCAAGCCAACAUGCUAAGGGUGACUCAUCGAAAGAUGGUCACGCUCGUAGAGCCGGAAGUUGAGCCAGCACAUGCAUCAGCUCUGCAGUUCAUCUGGGAGAGCAGCAAGGUCAGGGAAGAUGUCGAUCCUGAAGGCGGGGUGUUCAAGUGGCGAAAAGUCGGCUUCGCUAGCGAGGACCUCAUUCAGGAAUUCACUGAAGUGGGUGUGCUGGGCUUGGAUUGUAUGCGCAAUUUUGUGCAAGAAGAUCCCGAGUUUUUCUCAAAGGUGGUGCUCGAGCAGCUCAGCCGGCCACAAGAGCGGAGAUGCCCUAUUGCUAAGGCAUCUAACGAGGUUGUUGAGCUUCUUUCGGAACACUGGGCCAUCUUUGCGCCAGGCUAUCAAACAUCAACUACUUUCCAGCCAUUCUUCUUGAACUUCUACAGGGUUCAUACACUAGCAACGCACUUCUUCCUGCGAAUGUGGAACGAGAGCGGUUCCGCCGCAGGAGAUUUUACUCGAAUCGCUGCCCUUGCUCGUAGCCAAGUGAAUGUAGCGCUCAAGCGCGAGAACGUCAAGGAGUGGCAUGAGGUCGAACAUGACUUUGUUGAGUCCGAAUAUCGUGCUGUGAGGGAUAGGCAGAUGAAGGAGCUGGAAGCGGAGGAUGAACUGCUGAGUAAGGUCCCAGUGCGUAACUUGAAGGAGAAACUAUACAAGGAGUCAUUCGAGUUCGUGAGGCAGCAACGCAUUCACUGCAUGAUGCAGGGUGCCUGGUUCAUGAAUGCUGUUCCCAGCAAUGCUGGGCCAAAGGAUGUCAUGCGACGACCUGCGAAGCCAUGGCGGUUCAUGCGACUAGACAACAGUUCGAAAUAUCUCAACUACGUCGAUAGCGCGGUCAAAUUCCCAGUUCGCAAUGGAAUUGAGGACCUCCCCGAUCGCGUUGAGAUUUCUUCGAUAGCAGAGAUUACCACUGGCACCUGUGCACCUCCUCCCAAUGUUCUCCGCGAGCAGUAUGACCUCCCUCCCGCUGGACCUCUGACGCCUUCUCCACUCUCUUUCUCAAUCAUCAGUUCUAUCGACGGCACAUCCAUUGCAGACCACAUCGCCCCUGAUCAGGGCAGAUGGGCCGACUGGACCGACGGUCUCAACAUGCUAAGACGAGACAGUGGGCACGUCACCUCGGACGAGACCAAGGGGUACGUCGAUGCGCUGACAGAGAUCGGUUUGAAAAUCAAACUUCUCGACCUAUCCGGAGAGAAGGUUGAUAUUCCAAGCGGCCUAGUGGCUGGACCACCACCUAUCAAUACCGAUUUUUUCUUCUCAGACCUUAUCUAA